GCUUCGUGCCUAGAGGCUCCAUGUGCUCGUAGCUCCAGGCCACACUCUCCCAAUGCAUAGACUGGAUGUUUCUGCACCAGCUCGACCUUACGACGGCAUUGCGCCCAUCUUUGCUGCCGGAAGAGACGCUCUUGUUCGUCCAAGAUGCGGUUGGCCUGUACGAGGGCAAAUACAAGAUCCCUCAGUACCAGAACGGACAGGCCUACUUGACUUCACAUAGGGCAUGCUAUGUGGAUCACAGCGAGCCUCGACAGAACUCAGUGUCCAUCUUCCUGAAAGACAUAGAGCGACACGAAUUCUACGCCGGCUUCCUCAAGUCGUCUCCUAAGAUCACGCUCUACCCUAGGCCUCUCAAGCAGCUUUCUAGAGGUGCUUCAAAUGCAGCGAACAAUGCAAGCAAUACACCCGAGAGGCGUGGAAGCCCUGCAUCAGCCGCACCAUCCGUCAGCGCAACGUGGGUCUGCCCGAUAUGCUCCUUCUCCAAUCCAGUCCCGUCGAACUUCGAUCCAGCGACUGCGAACGCCCGAACACCACUACCGCCAUGUCUUGCAUGUGGCAUCAAACCUCCACUUGUGCAUGUAUUCAAGGCUGCUGUAUCCGCCAUGUCGAACCGACAAGCAUCAGCGCCACCUCCUGAUUACCGUGAUGGAUCCUCAAAUGCUCCUGUCCCCAUCAGCAGUCGUCUUAGCUCAUCAGGGUCCGGUACAAUUCCCUGCCCGCGCUGCACCUUCCAGAACCACCCCUCGCUGUCAACCUGUGAGAUGUGUGGAGGUCCACUUGGAAGUGUAGUAGACAAAAGGUUGGAUAUAGCCCAAUCGAUAGGACGCGCGGAGUCUCCAGGUCCCUCUCUGAGCAGCCCUCUAAAAGACGAGACAAUCCAAUCCAUCAAGUUCUCGUUUCGUGGCGGCGGCGACAAAAUCUUCUACGAACGCUUGAAGAAUGCGCUAGUCCAACGGAAAUGGCUUCUCCAAAGUGCCCCGCCAAUUCCGAAACCACGCCCUGCAUCCGGCUCAUUCGAAGACGCCUACUCGGGCAAUGCGGACACGCCAGCAGCCGAUCCAGUACGCAGCAAGGUCGUCGGGAUCGCGGGUCUUGAACGGAGAGGACUCGAACAGAAGAUGAACAAUGAAGCUAUGAUCGGAGGCGCCUUUGAGGAUCUCGAGGCUUUGAUGACCUCCGCCAAAGAGAUCAUUGCGCUUGCGGAGCAGUUCUCCUCCCACGCGAAUUUAGGAACCAACGGAAGCUCUGACGCGAAUGCCCUGGCAUCUGCUUCUGCUCUGGGUCUGGUGACUACGAAGGAUAUGCUCGGUAAUGGUUCUGGCUCAGAGUCUCUCUACGUUUCGGAACUAUCGAGAAAUCUGGCUGAAUGGUUGACUGACGAUACGCGUGGCGUUUUACGAAGAGAAGGCGGUAUCGUGACGUUGGUUGAUCUGUGGGCGGUCUUCAACCGCGCUAGAGGCGGCGUGGAGUUGGUUAGUCCGGCAGACUUUGAAAAAGCAGCGAGAAUGUGGGACAAGCUCAAGUUGCCCGUUCGGCUUCGACAGUUCAAAAGUGGGCUUCUUGUGGUGCAAGGUCGCGAUCGAACAGAUGAGAAGACCAUUGCAAGUCUCCUCGCAUGGCUCAAAGAGUCGCACAACGACCAUGCAACAGAUCGCGCAUGGGACGUGCAGGCCUUCGGCAGAGGUGUCACGGCGCAGGAAACUGCGGAGCGUUUCGGUUGGAGUGUGGGUGUUGCAACUGAGGAGCUUGAGAUGGCUGAAGAAGCAGGUGCCCUGUGUCGUGAACAAGACCUCGAAGGGAUCAGAUUCUGGGAAAAUUGGCUGGUCAAAACGCCUUUCCAUACGAUCGAGACAUAGCACUUUGCCAUUGUCAAAUGUAUUGGCAGCUGAUCAAAACUUUGGGAAGCUAUAGAGAAAGAUAGACACCCACUAAGAUAUUAUCCGCCACGACAUCCUUAGCAUGUAUAUAUACAAACCGCAACCUC